AUGCCCCAAGUAUAUCGUCGCCGCUCUGAGUAUGUCCAGCGCCCACCACCCGCACCUCGUCGCCGUUCCAUCUUGACGCCACAGCCUGUUGAUGCCGACGACUCCAUUGUCCUAUCCGAUUUAGUUCGCACCGGGGAGGCGUCUCGUCUGCGACGCCGCGGUGCUUUGCGUCUUGACCACGGGCAAGGCGAUGCUGUAAGGGCAGCCUUAACUGUGCCUUCGUCUGCCCCGAGUGGUGGAACAACUGCUUGGGCUAUCAACCCACCAACCCUCAUGCCGUCCGCGCAAAUCGCCAACUCACCGUGGGUGGAGGUAUCCGCCGAUGAGGAGUUCUUUGGCGGACUUGAAUGGCGAGAGUGGAGUACGGAGGAAGGAGGAGGCGCUGCUAACGGAGGCAGCGCCGGUGUGGACGAAACAAGCAGGGAGCCCGCUUUGGAAGAGGAUGAUGAAGAAGGUUAUAUGUUGUUCUGCGGCGGCAUCUCGCAGGAUGAUCCUGAAGUCUCUCACGGGCCCUAUUCCCCCUUCAAGCCUUCACCGCUUCCUGUACCCUCAACGUCAAGUUCGCCGUCCGUGUGUGGAGGGAAUCGAAGAACGAACGGUUGCGGCGCGAUUGUACAUAUGCGUGCAUUUCCGCAGCGCUCACGCGGUGUAUGGGUGGGCAAGGCUGAGGCUACUGAAUCCGUGGUCGGUCUGGAAUCCUCAUACUUCGAGCGCUCCGUUGUAGCGAGGAUGAUGCAGAGCGCAUGCGGCUGCCUUCGUGAAGGUAUUGGCUGCGCUGUAUGCGGCAAUCCUCUGGGAACAAGAUAUCUACCUUGUCAGGCGGCCUCCGAGGGAAUCUUCUCAAAUCGUUCUACACGCCCUGCUCGGGACACCCUCCCUCGCUACCCAUCUGGUCCACAAUAUUGGAGGUGUCGCACAUCACCACGCCGCUCUCCGGAAUCACCCACCAGCACGCGGCCAUCCUCGAACUUCUACGUUUACACAUUCUUCGCUGAUCACGUCUCCUCGUCCCCGCCAUGCGCCUUCCCUGAGCAGCCAAAAGAAGGCGAGGUAUAUCCCAAUGUACAACUGCCGUACUCCAGCAGGCCGGCGACACCUCCGCAGCCUCCAUCGUCGUAUGGGUACCGCUACUCCGCAUCUCCACAGCCGAUCUCCCAAUAUCGUCUUCUGCCUCCCGAAGAAGCUGUCGCCCCAUCUACGUCAAUCCUCGAGUCGACUAUUGUACCUCCUUAUCCCAGCUCCAAUCCGCCACGUACGCCCACCCGUAGGACUAUGCCGGUGUCGGAGCCGGAGCUUUACUUCUCUGAGGACACCGGCAGGCUUGUAGAGCCUCGGCCGGUCAUUCUAGGCAGGGAUGCGCCGGUGGGCAUGCAACUCGACCCGGACGGCGUCCUCAUUGAUGCGGACUCGUCAGAGGAGCCUAAUUCGCCUGACAAGACUGGCCCUGAGGGGAUGAUUUGGACAGGCCGGUAAACUUCUCGACGUCACCGGGACAGUAUAAGAUCAAAAUGAUGUUGUACAUCUCAACACUGCUGCAUCUAUUUCCUCCAUUUGUUGUUUAUGCUAUUGUCGUAGAGUUUCUCAUCAUUGCAUUUGUUACUCCAUCUCAUACGGAUUAAUGUCUCCUUCAUGCUUGUAUCUCUGUUGACUGAUGAGCAUUUAUGUUUAACGACUAAUACGAUUUGAUGACGAUUUCGC